AUGGAUUCUUGGUCGUCACAGGCUGCACUAGCGAGAGAUCGGGGAGAGCGGAGGAUAACGCAGGAUGCGGAGAUUACUGCUCCACGGACACGGGCGGCGGGUGCAGAGCAGCUACCGUCCAAUGUAUGCACGUGGUUUGAUGGCUCACCCUCGCCGUCAAAGUAUCAGUUUUGCUUUCCCAGCAACCGAUCCAGCGCCAGCACUGCCCCACCGAACAGGUCUGCAUCGCCUGUUAACGCCACACCGGCGCUGCAGGAAAGCGAGUGUGGGGGAGGGACAGACGCGGUGCGAAGGGAGCUCAUUCGCUUGUAUGACAGCAAUGCGGAGCUUAGGGAGCAAGUAAGAAAUUUGCAGACGUGCUUCCGCCGUAGAAGUACAGUGCUCAUUAGUGAGUGUGAGCAGAAGUGGCGCGCAUACAGUGCAGAGUUGGGGGAGGCCCUUGGGGCGGAGCAGCUUCGAUGCAAGGAGAUGGAAAAAAACAUUGCCGCCCUGCGGGAGGAGUUAUCCGCGGCCAAACAGACAAUAGCGUGUUUCUCCAAGACUCAGGCGAGCUUCCCGAAAGAAGCAACCCGCAGCGUUAUUAAGGGGCAUCUAUUGAAGGAGAAAGAUAACUCAAGCUCAUUGGCAACCCAUACUGGGCCUCAACUUGUACGACAGGAGGAAAUGAUGACGCUGAAAACAGGAAUGCAUCUACAACAGCAUAAAGGCAAAGACGGCAACACCUGCCUCUUGGAAAGGGGAAGGGGAACAGAAAACCAUUUUUGUAGUCAAAGUUCUUCGUUGCGCUCUCAGACACCGAACCGCUCCUUCUGGACUGAUAAUGGCAUUAGGAAAAAAUCGGUGAUUACGGGGUUGCGCAGUGGUCAGCGGUACCCUACGCCACCGGCGCUGGAUACAUCUGAGCAGGCGGCAACAUUGUCGAGGAGUGCAGCGUACACACGACCACUGCCCUUGAGCAGGGCAUCUGUUCCACAGACGUUGGCGGAUAUCAGUGCAUUCGCAGCGGCAACACCACCCAGGACGGCGGCUGAGCCGUGGUAUGAUGAGGAGGAGCUGAAGGAGGUCGUGUCUCUUUCGCGGGCAUCGAGGCUAAGGUUGACAAUUUCUCCACGACGCUUCUUGUGUCAAAGUUGCAUGGGGUCGUUGUCCAAAUGA